UCGCCACGUUGCUCAACCAAUGACGUGGAUUUUCAUUGAGAGGCAGUCAGAGCUCCAAAUACAUAACUCUAGCAGAGAUUAUUCUUCGACUGGCUUAUAUUUAGACCCCGAAACGCUCGAUUUCUCUCUCCUUCUUGUCAUUAUUGGACUCAGUUCUGCUCCGGCCGUUGCCCCAGACUUCAGGAUGAGCAAACCCAAAGUGUUAAACCUGAAGGAUAAAAUCAGCGGGAAUGAGGCGGACCUGAGCCUGUGCAACCUCAGUGAUGUGCCCGUCAGAGAGCUCUCUUUAUUUCCUAAAGCCACAGUCGUGGACCUUUCUUGUAACAACAUCAUCUCCCUUCCUCCAGAGUUUUGCAGCCUCAUCCAUUUAGUGAAGCUUGACCUGAGUAAAAACCAGCUUACCUGUUUGCCAGAUGACCUGGGGAACCUGGUGAACCUGCAACACCUGGACCUUUACAACAACAAGCUGAUGGUCCUGCCGGUCAGCUUCUCUCAGCUCAGGAGUCUGAAGUGGCUUGACCUGAAGGAUAAUCCUCUGGAGCCAGGUUUGGCCAAAGCGGCAGGAGACUGUCUGGAUGAGAAGCAGUGCAAACAGUGUGCCUCUAAGGUCCUACAGCACAUGAGAGCCAUACAGGAAGAGUAUGAUCGUGCACGAGAGAAACGCCUGUUGAAAGAAAAAGAGCUGGAGAGGAAGAAGGAAACGAAGCAGAAAGAGCGGGAGGCCAGAGAAAGGGAAGCUCGCAAACGGGAGAAAGCGGAGGAGAAGGAGAGGAGAAGGAAGGAGUACAACGCUCAGAUGGCAGCUCUGGCUGUGCAGGACAAACAGAAGAAGAAGAGCGAGGAGAAGAAGAAAAAGAACGGGCAAGCAGCAAAUAAAAAGGUCGACGUGAAGCCAGCAGCUAAAUCACAGCCUUCUCCCAUUGGCUGGAUUUUUAAGCUCCUCCUCCUGCUGACGCUGGGAAUAGCUGGAGUUGCUGCCGCAUGUCGGCUGACCGACCUGCAGAGGGAAGAAGUCUGCGUGCCGAUCAACGCGGCCGUGGACGGCUGUUUAUCCUGGGCCAAAGUGCAGGGGGGCGUGGUCAGACAGCUGCUACGCAAUCUGUCAUCCACUGCUAAGGACCUCCUGGAGUCCACACAAACAUCGAAGAACUAAACCCUGCCAUCAGAGAUGAGAGCUGCAGGCUUUUCCUGGUGUCUCUGGGAUGUUUUUUUAACAUGUAGAAAUCAUCGUUCCCGUUUGCGAUGCCGGGAUGUGGAAGGCCUGCACAGAGACUUAUUCCUAUGGAAUUACUGUCAAAAUCUUUAUACGGCCUGUUUUCUUCUUACAUCAGCUAAAUAUCUCCCUGUGGGCGGCGCUUUGCACUUUACAUUAAUUGGAGCGCAGGCUGCCCUUGAGCUGUUCAGCUAAAUGUGAAGCGGACACGUCGGUGCUGCUCUGGAGUGUCGUCAGAGGUGUGCGCGUGCCAAAGCUUGUCGCUGUCGGAACAUGUGCAGUGCCUUCUCCAUCUAGGUCGCUGUUCCUGUUAAAUCUCGCAGGUAAACGCUGUAAAUGCUUGCAGCUGGUAAUUGAGUCAUUUUUGCUACAUGACAAAUAAAAAACAGGCACAUUUUUGCCAAAGAUGCAAGAAA